GUGACACCACUAUAGUCCAUCAAUCGGAUCACAUCUGUCUAGGCAGGUAGCCCCAGCAGGCAACACUCUAUCUCACCUCACACAUUGUUCAUUGUCUCCAGCUUUCCCUCCCUUUCUCUUUUCCAACCUUAUUUUCGCCGCUGUCGUGUCUAUUGCCAUCGCUGGAUACUUCCAUCAUCGCCGCAGACGGACUAUCGGCUUUCACAUCCACCGCCAAAAUGCGAAGCAAGUUUAAGGACGAGCACCCCUUCGAGAAGCGCAAGGCCGAGGCCGAGCGCAUUCGUCAGAAAUACUCUGACCGUAUUCCCGUCAUCUGCGAGAAGGUCGAAAAGUCCGACAUCGCUACUAUUGAUAAGAAGAAGUACCUCGUCCCCGCAGAUCUCACCGUAGGCCAGUUCGUCUACGUGAUCCGAAAGCGUAUCAAGUUGUCUCCCGAGAAAGCCAUCUUCAUCUUCGUCGACGAGGUCCUUCCCCCAACGGCUGCCCUCAUGAGCAGCAUCUACGAAGAGCACAAAGAUGAAGACGGAUUUCUCUACAUCACGUACUCGGGCGAGAACACUUUCGGCGAGGCCGCUUAGAGCUGUCAUUUAGUUGCUUUCAGGGGGUUUCUAGGCGUUGAUGGGUUCGACUUGACGGCUGUGUGAUUCUACGCGAUGGCGAUAAUCCGCUAUGGUUUACGACAAGGAAGAUGGGGGUCCCCUAGGUUCUGACUGAUCGCUGGGGAAAUUCCGGCUUGCUAGAUUAGUCUAUGCAGGGCGGAGCAUCCUUCAUACUUUUCUCGUCCAUGUUCUUCAGUUCAGU